AUGCUGCCCGAGCCCGCGCUGACAUGUACCGUUCCCAGCGUCCACGACGGGCUGCCUCUCGACUGUCGCGUCUACCACCCCGCGCCGCUGCGGGCGAGCUCGCAAACGGCCCCGUGGACGCGACGACACGCGGCCGUGCUCGCGCACCCGUACGCGCCGCUGGGCGGCAGCUUUGACGACCCGGUGGUGGAUGUUGUCGGGGCCACGCUUCUCAAAGAGGGCUACCUGCUGUGCACGUUUAAUUUUCGAGGAGCGGGCCAUUCAGCAGGCAAAACAUCGUGGACGGCCAAACCAGAGCGCCUCGAUUUUCAGAGCGUUGUUGCGUUUCUGUCGUACUACAUACACCACCUGGAUCCGGUCCAGGGCGCGUCCUCGGACCGCGACGAGCCGCCCACGACCCUCGACGGCGUCGCCAACGGAGCGCCGACCGACACGACGACGGCCUGUGAGCGACCCGUGCUCGUCAUUGGCGGCUACUCGUACGGGUCACUCAUCACAGCCCAGCUCCCACCGCUCGAGACGAUUCUGGAGCCGUUUGCCGCCCCGUCGAGCGCCUCCCACGAGGCGCAGAUACGCCUCCGCGCAGCGAGCCUUGCCGAGCAGCAAAACACGAUCAUCAGGCGCGCGCGGGACGCACUGCGCGAGAGCAGCAGCCCCAAGAAGAGUCCCUCCAAGCGCGGCGUCCGCGUCGGUGGCGGCGACGAGGGUGCUCUGAGCCCACGCCGCAGCACCUCCGCAGGCGGCCGCAGCCGGAGCGUGUCCCGGGAGCUCGAGGAGAAGCUCCACGAGCUCGCCGCCAAGACCAAGGCGAGCCUCGCCGCCGCUGCGCCGCGCCCCCACCGACACGUCCCCUCCGAGACGAGCGCACUGGACAAGGUGCCCGAAGAAAGCACCAACGACGGGCCGGCGCAAGGUCGACUCCCCCGGCUCCCGGCGUUUGCGGCGCCCCGGCCCGCGUACCUGCUGCUCUCGCCGAUCCCGGGCCUUGCCUCGCACCUGGUGACGCUGCGGGUGCUGCCCGGGGCGCUGUCGCGCGCGCGGCGGCCCGAGGACGACCCGGCCGAGGCCAAGCUCGUGCGGCGCCCGACGCUGGCGGUGCAUGGCGGCGCUGACCUGUUUGUUCUGCCGUACAAGGCGCGCGAGUGGGUCGCCCGGCUCGCGGGCGCGGCUGGCUCCCGGUUCCGCGGUAUCGAAGUGCCCGCGGCUGGCCACUUUUGGGCCGAGCCCGGCGUGCUGGACACGCUGCUCGCGCUGGUGCGGGAGUUUGCGAGCGGGCUGGUGAUGGAUCGCGAGGAGACUGGGAUGGUGCCCGAGGACGCGAACGGGAUGGAUGGUUGA